AUAUAUAGAAAGAGGAAGAGAGAGAGAGAGAGAGAGAGAGAGAACGAGAUAGAGUGACGUCCUACCGCUCUGCAAGCUCCCCACGCCACCAUCCGCACAAAACUCAACUGCCAAAACAACAUAGGAGAUAACCCUGAAAAAGGAUAACACUACAGGACGAUAAAGAGCAAAGUGCAAAGGAAAAGGAAAAGGAAAAGAAAAGGAAGACAUAGAGAGAGAGACAGCCCACGAGAGCCACCCACUUUUGAACGACAACCGGGACACUGAAACAUUCCACCCAAUAGCAUGGCUUCGGUCGCCGCUUGGCUUCCCUUUGCACGGGCGGCGGCCAUCGGUUGGGUGCCGAUAGCCUCCCUACCACUGCCACCGCCCCCCGUGCCCAAGGACCGACGCAAGACGGACGACGAGAAGCUGCUGAUCAAUGUAUCCGGCCGACGCUUCGAGACCUGGCGCAACACCCUCGAGAAGUACCCGGACACGCUGCUCGGCUCCAAUGAGCGGGAGUUCUUCUACGACGAGGACUGCAAAGAGUACUUCUUCGACCGGGAUCCGGACAUAUUCCGCCACAUACUCAACUACUAUCGGACGGGCAAGCUGCAUUACCCCAAACACGAAUGCCUCACUAGCUACGACGAGGAGCUGGCCUUUUUCGGGAUCAUGCCGGACGUGAUUGGUGACUGCUGCUACGAGGACUAUCGGGAUCGGAAGCGAGAGAAUGCCGAGCGCCUCAUGGACGACAAACUGUCGGAGAAUGGGGAUCAGAACCUGCAACAGCUGACCAACAUACGGCAGAAGAUGUGGCGUGCCUUCGAGAACCCGCACACGUCGACCAGCGCCCUGGUCUUCUACUACGUCACCGGCUUCUUCAUCGCCGUCUCUGUGAUGGCCAAUGUGGUGGAGACGGUGCCGUGCGGACACAGACCGGGCCGAGCCGGCACGCUGCCGUGCGGCGAGCGCUACAAGAUCGUCUUCUUCUGCCUGGACACAGCCUGCGUGAUGAUCUUCAGCGCCGAGUAUCUGCUGCGCCUCUUUGCAGCACCCGAUCGCUGCAAGUUCGUGCGCUCCGUGAUGAGCAUCAUCGAUGUGGUGGCCAUCCUGCCCUACUACAUCGGUCUGGGCAUCACCGACAACGACGACGUCAGUGGUGCCUUUGUCACCCUGCGAGUCUUCCGCGUCUUCCGCAUCUUCAAGUUCUCCCGCCACUCGCAGGGUCUCCGGAUCCUCGGCUACACGCUCAAGUCGUGCGCCAGCGAGCUGGGCUUCCUCGUAUUCUCGCUAGCCAUGGCUAUCAUCAUAUUUGCCACCGUCAUGUUCUAUGCCGAGAAGAAUGUGAAUGGCACAAACUUCACAUCGAUUCCGGCUGCCUUCUGGUACACCAUUGUCACCAUGACGACGCUGGGCUAUGGUGACAUGGUGCCGGAGACAAUAGCUGGCAAAAUAGUGGGCGGCGUGUGCUCGCUUAGCGGUGUGCUGGUCAUCGCCUUACCUGUACCUGUUAUCGUAUCGAACUUUAGUAGAAUCUAUCACCAGAAUCAGCGCUCGGACAAGCGCAAGGCUCAGCGGAAAGCUCGCUUGGCGCGCAUCCGCAUUGCCAAGGCCUCGUCCGGUGCUGCCUUUGUUAACAAGAAGAAGGCCGCCGAGGCCAGAUGGGCGGCCCAGGAGUCGGGCAUUGAGCUGGAUGACAACUACAGGGAUGAGGAUAUCUUUGAGCUUCAGCACCAUCAUUUGCUGCGAUGUCUGGAGAAGACAACGGAUCGAGAAUUUGUCGAGUUAGAUUUACCCUAUAACGGACAGCCGAAGCGGCCGGGCUCGCCCUCGCCCAUGGCCAGUCCCGCCCACUCGACGCACAGUGCUGCCGGCCUGCUGCAGUCCUGCUGCGGUCGUUGUUGCUCCCAGCGCUAUCAGGCUUGCGGCAAGUAUAUGCCAGCUGCCAGCAAUGCUCAAAACAGCCAAAACAAUCAGCCCAUGGAUGGCACCUACCUGGUGGAGGCCUCGUUCUGAGCCAGCACACGGCCAAUCUACAGCAUCAGCAUAAGAAUCAGCAUCUGUCGCAGUCCCCCAAUCGCAUUCGCAUUCACAUCAAAAUUCAAAACAAGAUCAAGUUGAUUUAUGUUUAGUACAACUUGAAAAGUUUUUAAACUAAAUUGAAAUUGAAUUCGUUUGUAGACAUUGUCUCCCUUACGUGUGUGUGUAUGUAGUCGCCAAACAAAAAACCCCCAAAAAAACCCAAAAACUAAAAUCGAAACACAAGUGUAAUCUCUAAAAUCUGAUUUUCGAGUUUAUGACGAACAGAAAAGAUAUUUAAUUAACGAUAAACAUUUGCGGAUUGAAGCGCAAACAUCUCUCAAUGUGUAAAAUGUAAAAAAGCACAUUAAAAACCAAAUAACAAAUAGUAAAUAAACAAGUAACAAAUAAAAUAAAAGUGCCGACCGAACCCAGUUUCUGAAGGCGGCGCAGUCGGAUUUGAUUAGCGAGGACCCGUUAAUAAAUUAGAUAAACCGAGUAAUAAUAAUUAUAAUAAUGCAAAUAAUAAUAUAUGCAACACUAUUUACUUUAUAUAGGUGACAAGACAAACAGCAAAAAAACAAAAAACAGAAACAACAGAAACCGAAGCAUUUUAGAGGAAUUUACCUUGUGUAUGUUUUAAUAAAGUGAACAUAAAUAAUAGCAUAGAAGUGCAAUAAAUAUAUCGAAGAAAGUACUAAAUUACCCAAGGGAUUGGAUACAAAUAGGAGAUCAAAUACCACUGAAAGUCCAGCGUGGGGGAGGAGUUCCUCAAGCAAAUUGCAUGGGGUCCAAUAAACAGAAAAAAAAGACAAAAAAUAACACAAUAAACAGAUUUUAACAGCCAAUGAUUUGUGUAGCAAAGGAAACGAAUAAAAUAAAUACAUAGAGAUGAGGAAUAGGAAAACGAAAGAACAAAGGAAUGUAGGAAAAGGAGCAAAUUAUAUAAAUAUUAUUAUUACAAAUUCGUGUAUUUUUUAAAUGGUCCGUAGUUUUGUAGGUAUGAACUUCAUCGGCUAUCCGCUACCCCCUCUAUGGUUUCUCAUCAGCAAAACUUUAACCUCCAACUGAAAUGCUCUUCCGUUUCGUGUAAUUUUUAUCCCAUCUAUGGUACUGGUAUAUAGCAAAAAGGUUUCAGUUUUUCAUCUCUCUCUCCUCAUGGUAAUGUCAUAAGUGAACUAAUCAAAAUUUAUUGAAAUUACACAAUGAAUAAUGAACUUUCUUCCAAGAACUAAGUUAGCAAAAGGAGAAACCCUAUUUAAAUGUAUAUGUACGUGUGUGUGUGUAGGACAGGCUUUAAAGAAUUGGAGCAUUAACUAACUAAAAAGAACUCUUAGCAAAUUCUAACAGAAACUCAAAGUAUAUUAAUUAAUUCUAAAUUACAAAUCAAACAUUUAAAAUUAGUUCAAGUAAACAACUUACAAAAACAAAACAAAAAACGAAAACAACAUAAAUAUGGAGCUUGUAUGUAUAUGUAUGAUAAAUUUAUUAUGAUUACUCUAAUUAUGAAGAUUAUGACGAUGGCGUUGACUAAUUUUGUUCAAAUUCUCUAAGUUGCCUGCUAAUUUCUUAACACAAACAAAAAAUGUGCAAAAAGGAAACUUUUUUAAAAAAAUCCAAAAGAAAAACGAACUUUUGUUUAGCGAAAUAACGAAAUUGUGCAGAAACAACACACACAAGAAAACGACGAUUACGAUUAGUCGAAAACUAACAAGAACACACACAAACAUUUGGUUACUAAAACCAACUCUUGUAGCGAUAUUCUAAAAGAAAAACCAAACCAAUCUAUUAAGUAAACGGAAAUCGGAGUGGAAAUCAAUAGGAAGAAAUCAUUUCUUUUCUGUUUGGAUUUUUAGUGAUAUGUAAUUCGAAAAAGAAAAACAACAAGAACAAAUAUUCUGCCACGGGUCUCCGAGAAUGGAAAAGCUAAAAAUUAAUAAUAAAAUAAAUAAAGAAAUCUGUUUACUUCCACCAAACAAAGCGAACCCUCUCGACUAUAUACUCGUACUAUACUUUACCCCCUCUGACUCUCCCAGCCACACACAUACACAAUCCUAUAUAAAUAUCAUAUUUUGUUCGCUCUCGGAGACAACGCCUAGAGCCGACGACAAUCGGAGACGACAGCAGCCAAUCGAAUGGAAAAAGUAACGGAAAUUCCCACCAUACAUCAUGGGCUAUAUAAA